GGCAGUGCACGAUAGUGACAUGCAUAUUGACAUCCUUGAUUCAGCUUGUUCGAUAUUGCAGUCUUGCCGAGAGAUAAAAAAAUACGAGACUCCAUCCCAGGAACUUGCCACUUCCAGAGUUUAAACCAUCCCGUAGCUCGGCAUUCGAGUAAUGCAUAGAAGGGAUGUUACAGGCGAAAGACGUCUUGGCUUUCACUGCUACUCAUUCAGGAACUCUGAUAAGUCCACCACUGCCCAUUCCGAUAUCAUGCAGUCCAGAAUCUGUAAGAAUGUACGAUGCCUUUCAUCUUAGGUCCCAGAACGGCUUCAUGGUCGAAUAGCAGUGAUUCCUCAAGCAUGCUGGUCCAAAGUCGUCCGUUAUUCCAUAGGCAGGUCACUGCUGCUACCAUUUCACUUUUGUCGAUCAUCCUUUUGGGAAAUUAUUAUAUCUGGGCCAUUGGGAAUGGGAAGAAAGACCUCUCACCUUUCGGUAAUACUUUGGAGAAUCACCCCGCGACCAACAAGUCGCAGCCUUUCGUGGCGCCAUCACCAGUGACGGUGACAAUUCUUCAAACGACGACAGCAUCACCGUUACCCACCCCAACUGCGACAGCAAUCCCACAGAAGCUCUGGUAUAAGACCGGGCCUAAAGGAAUCAGUGAGGCUUCAGGACAAUGGAUCAACAGCUGUCUCUGGAACAACCCAUCAUAUCGAAGGGAGAUACUCACCGAUUUCUCCGCUAAUACUUACGUCGAAGCUUUCUACAAUCAUCGGCCAGACAUCUUGAACACUUACCUCGCUCUAUCAGUCCCAAUUUUGAAAGCCGACUUCCUGCGCUACCUGAUACUUUUGGCAGAAGGUGGGAUAUGGAGCGACCUCGACGUAUCUUGCUCAACGGUACCAAUAUCCGGAUGGAUACCAGAACAAUAUCAACAGGAUGCUGCGGUGGUUGUCGGGCUGGAAUUUGACAAUGAUUACUGGGGGCACGACGAAUAUCUGCGAACGCAAUUCGCGAGCUGGACCAUCAUGGCUAAGCCGGGGUCGCCACAUAUCGAGAUGGUCAUCCAGGAUGUGAUGAGGGACUUGAAGGACACUGCAAACGAGAACAACGUAUCCAUUGCAGGAUUGACGUUCGAUAUGAUCAGCGAUGUUGUGGAUGUCACAGGCCCCAAGAGAAUGACGAGGAGCAUUGUUCGAAGCCUGGAAUUACAACUCAAAGAGCCAAUUGGCGACAAGAAUACUUCUGGUUUGUUUGAACCGAGGUUGUUAGGCGAUGUUUUGAUUCUACCGAGCGCGGCGUUUGCAGCGAGGCAGGCUGAUUACCCUACCGAUCGAGGACCAGUGCUGGUGUCGCAUCAUUAUGCGGGAAGUUGGAAGAAUGACCAUGGGGGAGAGAAGCGUCGAUGAGAUCAAGUGGAGAGAUGGAAAGUAAAAGUUUGAUAAUCAGCGUCUCCGAGAACAAAACAAGAUUUUCCCAAGGGAACACUGAGCGAGUCCGAGUAGCGAAGAAUGGAAAUGCGAAGGCCAUGGAGCAACCCACAUUUCUAUUGCUAGGGCGUCCAAAAAAGGUGGAAAGGUGGGAAGUGGCGAGGAGAUAGGCAACUAUGGAGAAGCAGUUGGGAAACAGCUUCUCACGUGAGCACUGUCGCCAAUUUGAGAGGAGGCAUAUCAGUUUUCGUGCCCCUGUCGGGAAUGACACCGGGCAUGAAAUGAAGUAAGUAGAAGAUGAUGAGGAAGCUAGAAGCCGCAAGGAAUAGAAUACAAAUAGACAUAGAGAUCAGAUGGGUGGCCAAGUCCAUAUAUUGUGUAGCUGAAGGAGAAAAGGAAAUUCAUAGUUGAUAAAAUAAUGUUGUGUCUGAUCAGUACAGCUUCAUUCCACGCUUCCACUUUCUAACCGUGGGAAAAACCCCUGUUUCUAAAAGUCAUGUUUAGGACGUGGCAAAUGAGGUCUCGCGUUCCGCUAUAAUGCGGUUACUUGUAUCCCUCCAUCUACAAAUCGAGUGCGACGGGAGAGUGAUUAAAAGGCUUGCAAAUUUUGAGUGGUGGUUUGUCCGUUCCAGAGAAAUUGUCUUACAAUAUCUUUCUGCAAACGUCUAGAGAAAUGGGACGAAUUGGAGUACGCUGGCCUGACCCAUAUGACUUACCUCGGCUUGUCUAGAUCGUUCGGAUUGUGACACCCAAGGCCAAUGAAUAUGAUAGAGUCCUCGCACAGCUGUUGGCAUAUUGACAUGCAAGUAAACAAGUAAGAUGGAG